UAAAAAUCGGUUCCAAAUACCAUAAAUUUGACUGAAAUUAAGGCUAUCAAUUCCAUAUCAAUAACCUGAAUAAUAACCUCGUCCAUACAAACAAAUUUGAACAUUGCUCACGUGCGUCAAUUCAUGUUCGAAGUCAAGUGAUAGAUAAAUUUUAGAAUGGCUGGGUUGGAUAGAGAGGAUAUUGGUGAUAAAAGUGUGUCCGCGAGUUUUAGAUUAGCUAGUGACAGAAUUAGUUUACUUACACCUUGCGAGCAUCCUGAAUUAUAUACUCCAGGACAGGAUAUUGGCCCUGAAACGGGUCUAUUAAGAGGGCAUGGAACAUAUCAAGAUAAUGGGCGCAUUAAAGCUAGUGUUGCUGGUGUUCUGGAACACGUUAAUAAACUUAUUAUGAUUCGACCAUUGAAAUCAAGGUAUAAUGGCGAAAUAGGAGAUGUUGUAGUAGGAAGAAUAACAGAAAUCCAACAAAAACGAUGGAGAGUGGAUGCUAAUGCUCGAUUAGAUGCUGUGCUGUUAUUAUCAUCUGUUAAUUUACCUGGAGGAGAAUUGAGAAGGAGAUCAGUAGAAGAUGAACGUAUGAUGAGGCAAUAUUUAUCUGAAGGAGAUCUCAUAAGUGCUGAAGUGCAAAAUGUUUUUUCGGAAGGUACUAUGUCAUUGCACACAAGAAACUUAAAGUAUGGAAAGUUAUCUCAGGGUGUACUUGUUACUGUACCUGCUCCUUUAAUUAAGCGUUCAAAAACACAUUUCCAUACAAUUUGUGGCAUUAGUUUAAUAAUUGGUACAAAUGGUUAUAUCUGGUUAUAUCCUACUCCAAAGUCUACUGAAGAAGGUGCUGGAGGUUUUGCUAGGAACCUGGAAUUGAGAGUUGAACCUAGAGAAAGAGAAGCUAUAGCAAGGAUGCAGUGCUGUAUAAAUGCACUGGCUGAAAGCAGGAUGAUGGUUUAUGACACCAGUUUGGUCGCAGCUUUUGAAGUAGCUAACAAAUUUAGUGUAAAAGAAUUAUUAAAACCAGAAGUCAAGUUGGAAAUCGUUAUGCUCACUCAACAUAUGAUGGGGUUAAAUUGUUGAUCUCAGCUGUUUUAUUUUAUGAAUGUGUAUAUAUUUCUUCUUUUAAACUUAAGUUUGUACUUAAUGUUUUAUCUCCUAAAAGUGGUACUUUGUAUUUUUGUAAAAUAACUGUAAAUAUAUGAUAUUUAGUUCUGUUUU